UCCAUAUGAGUCAGACGUCAGAUGCGAAAAGAACAUGGCGACCGUAAAGUCGUAGCAGUAGAUGAGCGAUUCGGUUUCGAUUUCGAAGUACACGCACGUGUUUCUCGCGUUUGAGAAUAAUUGUUAAAUAUUCAGUAGAGAUCGAAAAAAGCACAGUACGAUGAGCUUCUUCAGCAAAGUGUUUGGCGGGAAGAAGGAGCCAGCUGCUCCUUCGACGGCCGAGGCGAUUCAGAAACUGCGCGAGACAGAGGAUAUGUUGAUAAAGAAACAGGAAUUCUUAGAGACUAAAAUAGAUAAUGAAGUGUUGAUAGCAAAGAAGAAUGCGUCGAAAAAUAAGCGAGCUGCUAUUCAAGCAUUGAAAAGGAAGAAGCGAUAUGAAAAGCAGUUACAGCAAAUUGAUGGUACACUAUCUACAAUUGAAAUGCAAAGAGAAGCACUGGAGAGUGCAAAUACAAAUACUGCUGUUCUUACCACCAUGAAGGGUGCUGCAGACGCAAUGAAGGCUGCGCAUCAGCAUAUGGAUGUUGAUCAAGUGCAUGAUAUGAUGGAUGACAUAGCGGAACAACAAGAUGUGGCCAGAGAAAUUUCUGAUGCUAUAUCUAAUCCAGUAGCAUUUGGUCAAGAUGCUGAUGAGGAUGAACUAGAGAAAGAAUUAGAAGAACUUCAACAAGAACAGCUUGAUAAAGAAUUACUUGGUAUCGAUACAACGACAGAUGAACUGCCAGCUGUGCCGACUUCAGUUCCUGUUGCACCAAGCAAAACCCGCACAAAAGCUAAACCAGAAGAAGAUGAUGAUUUGAAAGAAUUGGAAGCAUGGGCAUCGUAAAGUGAUAUUAGAAGUGAAAUCAAAGAUACAGAACGUUUUUAGAUAAAAGCAAAUUACAUAUUACCAUGCGCGUAAUGCUAUCAUAUACUUUGCAUUGAAUAACUAACUAAAUUAAUUUCUUAAUAUAAGUCCACAAUGUUUAGCUUCUUAAGCAGUUUUCGAAAAAAGAAAACUAUUGAAGUUAAUAAUUAAGCUUAGUAAAGAUUAUAUUACUUGUAUUUUUAUGCUGGCAAAUAUCACUAACAAUUGAACGGCAACAAAUCUGGCUAAACAACAGGCAAGUAUCAGUUAAUAGUGGAGAGAGAGAGAGAGUGAGUAGAUAUAUAUUUUAUAUUUACAGUAAAUAUAUUGAUAUAAUGGAGAUAAAAUUUGUGAAAGACAAUGAACUCAGUUCAUGUAACGUAAAUAAAUGUAAAGAAAUGAAAUAAU